UGUGUUAGCCUGCAAGUUGUUAUUAGGUUAAUUUUUUAAUAACCUACCUAUUUUGUUAAUCUGUUGAUGAGACCCAUCCACUACCAAGCAAACAAUUAAUAAAUACUUUGAGCCUGUCUUUCUAAAAUGGAAUUCCACAAUCAGAACUCAAGAUUAACUUAACUAUAACAAAUUGUCUUUUAAAGUUGCUAUAUAUGAUGCUGGUGUAUGCUUCGGGGUUGAUUCUAAUCUAGCAAUGGUGGUAGAUUAACAUGUUGUUAUUGUAAAGUGCAUUGACCAUUGCUUUGAAGUUCUGAUUAUAAAUCAUGUCAUUUAUGUAUUUACCCAUGCAGUUCUUAACAUUUUCAAACAUGAAAGAGUAUCAUGAUAAUAUGUGUGUACCUGUAGUCAAAUUUUUGCCAGUAAUUUAAUGUUCUACUUGUUUUCAUGUGCGGUAGUUUCAUGACAAAAGUCUUCUAUGUCCGUUUUUUCUUUCUAUUUUUUUUUUGCAUUUUUUUCCUUCUUUGCAUUUUCUAGAAUCAUAGGAAAUGGAUCAUCUUAGCUGAUUUAUUAUUUCAUGCAAAAAAAAAAUCAUUACAUUCUCAAGUAUAUUCUGAUUCAUUCAUUCGAUGUCAUCAUUGAUAUGUUUUUGCCUAAAACAUAUCCUCUGAAAAGAAAAGAAACAUAAUGAAAUGCAAAGGAAUAGACAAAUCCACUUUUUUUUUCUAAGUCUCAUUGUCAGCACUUCCAUAAUUUUCUGUCCUCUGUUUUAUUUAUUUUGACUCUUUUUAUUCACAGAAAAAGAAAAAUAAGCGGAUGGCCAGUAAAGAACAGACGAGUAUUUUCUCUGAAGUGUUUGAGCUGGAGCAAGCCGACCUGGAAAACAAAGGACCUCACAACGGCAAUGGAAAUGGAUGUCGGUUUCCAAUUCACAUUGGUAUCACAGGGUAUGUGGCGACAACAGGGGAGACUCUUAACAUUUCAGAUGCAUAUAAGGAUCCUCGGUUUGACCCCAAGGUUGACUCGGAGACCGGUUUCCGCACCCAUGAGAUGCUCUGUAUGCCCAUCAAGAACGCUAGCGGGGCAAUCCAGGGGGUCAGUCUACUGGUCAACAAGAUGGACGGGUCAGCCUUCAAUAAGAAUGAUGAAGACAUGUUUGAGGCAUUUGCAAUAUUCUGUGGUAUGGGCAUACACAAUACCAAGAUGUAUGAGAAGGUGUGUCGAGCAGUUGCUAAGCAACGAGUAGCACUAGAGACAUUAUCGUAUCAUGCCACAGCUCCUUCAGAAGAAGCUCAGAGAAUAAAGAAACUUCCAGUGCCAACUUCUAACGAACUAGGUCUUCUAAAGUUCUCCUUCAGCGAGCUUCGUAUGACUGAAGAUGAGACAUUGCUAGCAGCCAUUAGGAUGUUCCUCGAUCUAGAUCUACUAAACAAAUUCAGGAUAAACUAUGAGACUAUGUGUAGAUGGCUACUGAGUGUACGUAAGAAUUAUCGCAAUGUGACGUACCACAACUGGAGACACGCUUUCACAGUAGCACAGACGAUGUUUGCCAUCAUCAAGGCUGGUGGUAUGAAGAACGUCUUGACGGACAUCGAGGUCAUGUGCCUCAUGGUAGCAUGCUUGUCACAUGACCUUGACCACAGGGGUACCAACAACAACUUCCAGGUCAUGAUUGAAUCUCCUCUUGCGCAGCUGUACUCGACUUCCACCAUGGAACACCAUCAUUUUGAUCAGUGUAUCAUGAUCCUAAAUAGCAAGGGCAAUGAGAUCUUCAUGAACCUCAAUCCUGAAGAGUAUACCAAUGCUAUCAGACUUCUAGAACACGCCAUCUUGGCUACGGACCUUGCUGUCUACUUCAAAUCUCGAGGAGAGUUCUUCCAUCUAGUUGACGAGCAGAAGUGUGAAUGGAACGAGGAUGACCAACGAGAGCUUCUGAGAGGGAUGCUGAUGACCGCCUGUGACAUCUCAGCCAUCUCAAAACCAUGGGACGUCCAGAAAGAGAUCGCCAAGCUGGUCUUUGGCGAGUUCUUCGAGCAGGGAGACUUAGAGCGGCAGCAGCUCAAUAAAGUCCCUGAUGACAUGAUGAAUCGGGAGAAGAGAGAUCUUCUACCCAAGAUGCAAGUUGGUUUCGUUGAUGCAAUAUGUCUGCCCGUCUAUGAGUCAUUGACCAAGGUCAACGACAAGAUGAAACCACUCCUCGACAUGUGUCAGUCCAACCGCAACAAUUGGCAACACCUCGCCACUCUGAGCAUCCAACAGCUGGAGGAGAAGGAGAGUAUCAAGGGAUCGGCCGAGGAGAAGGACAUCGACGAAUCAGAGACCACCUCGUCAUCGGAGAAGUCGCAGGGGGCCCCGCCCCGGAAGAAGUGACGCCAGAUGCCAGAGAAAGAGAGAGAAGACGACAGUGAUGAGAAGGAGGAGGAGGGGAGCGGUAGAGGGUAUGGAGGAUGUGAUCCAAUGUUAUGGGAGCAGCUUGAUAUCGGUGAGAUGGAUUAAGAGGAAGGAUAAAGGAACUACAAUCCUGACUUUAAACAUUUAUUUCUUAUUUAGUAUCUGUUUCUCUCAUCCCCUCCCUCUUUCCUAUUCAACAUUGAAUUGAAUUUAGUAUUACUCAGAUAAAGUCAUCAUCAUCAUCCAUCAUGACUUGUCACUUCUCUUGCACUCUUCCGAAAUACAGUCAAACGGUUCUUUUGCUGUGGACAUCUUUCCUCCUGCCCCCAUUCAUCACCCGGUGUCCUUGAUUCACAUUACACUGGGUAGUCUCAAGUUCAGUGUAGGUGUUGGUGUUAACACCCACAUAGCACUUGAAGUUUGUUUAUUGAUGGUUGAUUGACACCAGUCAAAAGACAUGCUUUGUUUUACAGUGUACUGGGUAGUUUGAAGUUCAGUGUAGGUGUCACCCAAAGAAGACCACAAACUGUAGUUUAUGGAUGAUUGUUAACACCAGUCCAGGAAUUCGCUGGAGAAAGUAAAGUAUUUCUUUCUUUCUUUUUCAGAUCAAGAGUUUUAACAGGGUAUAAGCUUGGUAGCAAUGUUCAUUAAUGUUGACACAAGCACCAAAUCUUGGUGUUACUGUUUGCACUCAGUGAAUGAUCUGGAAGUGAACUUAAUAUACACUUGAUUGUAAACACCUGUCACACAACAGGGUUAUCAUUAGAAAUACACCACAAAAAAGUGCCAUAUUUAGGACCACAAACACAUAUUUUGGUUUUUGUCUAAAACUAGUAUAAAUGGUGCUAGUGUAAACUCUCAGUGAAAAGUCAAGCACUUUACUUUGAUAUAUGAUGGAGUGUUUGAUUUGUUUACACCAGAUUAAAAAAAAUAUUGGGGAGGAUAUGUCAAAUAAACUAAAAGAACAAGUAUGAACGUUGUUACUUCUGCUGACAGGUGUUGAUCCGAUGGUUUCUGAGUUCAAGCACCUAGAGGGUUCAGUGUUAUGAAAGGGAGAUGACAUUGCUUUAAGGUUUAACACCAGAACUAGGACCCAGUGCUGAACUUGAGUUUAUCCUUCUAAUAACUUUCCUGUGAUUGAUUUUAACCAAGUCUAAGCUGUUGGGUCUGGAAGAUGAAUUUCUUCUUCAUUAUGAAGGAAUUCAUUCUCUGGAAAGAAAGGACAUAUUGAAUGAAGCCCAUUUUAUUCUAAAGAGCACUAACUCCAGAGACAGGAAGAUUUAUUUCUGAAUUCAAGGUCCUAGGGAUAAGAAUACUUUUGACUUAUUAAAGGAAUUUGUUGGUCUUUAUUUUGACGAGGGAAAUCCGGUGAGGUCUUACAGGUGUCGUCUCCCCUCUCUUCUCUCUGUUUAGGCGUCUGUUGAUUGCGGAUUAGUCUUAGGCCAAGACUGGAGUGUGGAAUGAUAGCUCAUAGAACAAAUAGAUUUGAUAUUUAUUCUAGAAUUACAUGUAGCUGUAAUGGGAGGCCAAGGCUUCCCUGAUGCAGUGCAGUGAGUCGAUUUUUUGAACCACCUUAUACGUGGACAAUAUACUCCUAAAUACGUUACGAUGUCUUCAAAGAGAGUAAGAUGUGCAGGAUUUCUUUAACUCUGCCAAGUAUAUCGAGGAUAGGAUAUAGAGAAACAUUUGAAAUAUGCAGGGAAGUAUUCUUCAUGCAAAAUCCUUAUCACACAUAAUAGUCUUUUUGUUUUUAAUCUCAGAUAUUCCUCACGCUGCCAGUGUGUAUGAAUUUAAAUCUGAUUUCUGUUUUUUUCUUCUUUUUCUUUAAAUAAGCUGGCUGAAAAGAUCUUUCUGAAAUGUGUAUAGAGGCAGUUCAUGCCAUUUUCAUGCUUUCCUUUUUGUUGUGUAUAACACAAUAUUUUUCAUGAAAUAUUGAUUUUACAAGGUAAAAUGCCUGUAUUAGUCAAAAAGCUCACGCACAAAUCAUAUCAAAUUACAAAGUACUAUACAGGUAAUAGUAAGAAAUUUGUUCUUAUAUGACUUAAAAAGGAUGUUAUAAUUGCCCUGAUUAGAACAGUUAUGUUUUUCUUAGUAAUAAUCGUUUUUUAAAUAUUUUUUUUACAAUAAGCAUAUUUUGAAUCAUGCAAAUCAGCUGAUGUACACAGCAAUCACCUCAUUAAUGCUUAGACAGUUUUGAGGGUGAAAUUAUAACAAGACAGUAAAUUGAUAAGGUGCUGUUAAAUUCCAACCUUUCAGAAGUUAUGAAGAGAUUGGAAAUACAUGUAGUAUUAAAGAAUGACAUUACACACACAUUUCACCGUUCACUUUAUUCCAAAUGAAAUAAACGAGGCAAAACAAAUCUGCAAAUAUAUAACAGUACAACUAUGAGUAGGUAUGCAUGUGAUAGAUACACCCUACCUGAGUAUGAUUGAAGACAGUAGUACUAAGCAAAAUAACAAAGUACAUAUAUGCACAAAAAA